UACACGAUCUCAUACCGCAAAGCUUGGAUGGCAAAGCAAAAGGCAAUUGAAGACUUACAUGGUAACUGGGAACAAUCUUACCAUGAUUUACCCAAGUUGCUUAGUGCCAUGAGUGGAUUUCUUAAUGGAUUUGUUGUUGAGAAGCAAACAAGGCCACUAUACAACCAACAAGGUGAGAUGGUUCAUCAUUAUGUUCAAUUCCAUAGAGUAUUUUGGACAUUUAAACCUUGUAUCGAUGGGUUCAAAUACUGCAAACCCAUUGUUCAAGUUGAUGGCACAUUCUUGUAUGGCAAAUACAAAGGAACUCUCCUUGUGGCCGUGGCUCAAGACGGUAACAACAAAAUCUUUCCAAUUGCCUUUGCAAUUGUUGAGGGUGAAACAGCAGAGGCAUGGUUUUUCUUUCUACAUUAUCUCAAAAGACAUGUUUGCCCUCAAGAUGGCCUUUGCUUAAUUUCGGACAGGCACGAGUCUAUCAAAAAUGCCUACGCUAGACAAGGCAGUGGUUGGACACCCGAGAAUUCAGUGCAUGUAUUCUGUAUUCGCCAUAUAGCUCAAAACUUCAUGAGGCAUUUCAAGAAUACAGAACGGAAAAAAUUAAUCAUCAAUAUGGCUUAUGGGAUGACUGAGCCAAGAUUCAAUUACUACUACAACACGCUAAGGAGCGAACCAGAAACCGAAGGUGUAAUUGAAUGGCUCAACACCAUACCAAAAGAACAAUGGACUCUUGCAUGGGACGGUGGCCGAUGAUGGGGACACAUGACUACCAACUUGGCUGAGGCAAUUAACUCCAUUCUUAAAAAAACAAGAAAUUUGCCAAUUUCUACAAUCAUCAUGUCGACUUAUAAGAGAUGUAAUGCCUUAUUCAUCCAAAGGGGGAAGGAAGUCGAUGCUAAACUUAGGGCUGGCCAAGUUUAUACGAAAAUAAUGAAUAGGGCCAUGAGAGAUGCAGAAUCAAAGGCUAAUAGUCAUCAUGUCCUCGAAUUUGAUCGUCACAGUACACGUUUUCUGAUGCAAAAGACCAUUAACCUAAGGGAAACACGACCUACUAGAACUUUCACGGUUAUACUACAUGACAACUGGUGUGACUGUGGAAAAUUCCAAAAGCUACACAUGCCAUGCUCCCAUAUUGUUGCUGCAUGUAAGCAUGUUCACCACGAUUAUAAAUCUUACAUAGAUCUGGUAUACACAUUACAAUGUUUCAA